GUACUGUCUGAUAAUAUCAAGGAAUGUAAUACCUAAUCGUUUGAUAAAGUUGUAACUUAGGUGUUAAGCUCAUAGUAAAGACACAAACCCUUGUUCUUCUCACUGCCCUGUUUCCUAAUCAUACCCAUAAAUCUAAUUGAUUAGACAAUGAUUAGUUAUUGUGUUAUUAGAUACAUUUUGGUAUUAAAGAUUUAAGCUUUGUGUAAUGUUUUGAUACAAACAGAUGAAUAGGGAGAAGUUGAUGAAGAUGGCUAACACUGUCCGCACUGGCGGUAAAGGAACAGUUAGAAGAAAGAAGAAGGCUGUUCACAAGACAAACACGACCGAUGACAAGAAGCUCCAGAGCACUCUUAAGAGAAUUGGUGUUAACUCCAUCCCCGGUAUUGAGGAAGUUAACAUCUUCAAGGAUGAUGUUGUGAUUCAGUUCAUUAACCCUAAGGUUCAAGCUUCUAUUGCUGCUAACACAUGGGCUGUGAGCGGUACACCACAGACCAAAAAACUGCAAGACAUACUUCCUCAGAUUAUCAGCCAACUUGGGACUGAUAACUUGGAUAACCUUAAGAAGCUAGCAGAGCAAUUCCAGAAACAAGCACCAGGUGGAGCUAAUGUUCCAGCAACUAUCCAAGAAGAGGAUGAUGAUGAUGUCCCUGAUCUUGUUGUGGGAGAGACUUUUGAGACUCCUGCUGCUGAAGAAGCUGCUCAGCCCAAAGCUCCUGCUUCUUAA